CAAACUCGUGAUCCGAUUGGCCGGCGCUCCACGUGCUCGUUGAUCCUCGUCACGGACAACGAGCCUCCUGGUGGGAGCAAUAUAUUUUUUAAAUCCGCGAGACUCUUGCAUCGAGACGUAUACCGCACGUAGCAGGAACGGAAAGCGAAGGUAACAUAUACGAAUCAAGUGGCUGAGACAGGACACAAAAGCCGGAUGACUUUAAACAAUCAGUGUCUCGAGUGAUGCGUCACAAGCUGAUAAGCUCCCGUGUGAAAGAGAUUAUAAAAUAAAACUACGAUAAAUUAUAUUGAGAUUGUUGUAGACACAUUGUUGUUUCCUCAAAAUUUCUCGGAUUUCUCUUUGGAAGAGCUUGACAAAACUAGUAAUUGAUUCGAAAGAUUCGUGAAGAAUCAUCGAGAAAUCUCUGGGUUGAUUACAUCGAUCGGAGCGAGAGAAAGUGAAGUGUCAAAAAUCCGGGUCCGGGAAAUCCCGAGUGUGUAGUGAUCUCCAUAUAAAAACCGACGAGAACCGCUCGACGUCGGCUAAUCUAAUUUCACAAAAGUGUCAACGGACACUUUUGUCCGGAAUCAAUACUAGAAACUUUAUCAUCAGUCAUAGCUUGCCGUUACUAUUGAAAAUCGACAGAUCGUCAACACAGUGAAGCCAGACACUUUUGUGAUUUUAUUUAUCAUCGAGUAACGAGAAAAAAAAAACGAGAAAAAAAUGAGGGACUUUAUGCUAAUCUGGAAUACGUUGACGGGCCGGCGAAAUUAUUCGACCAACGCGAACGCUAAUUCUGAAAGACACGUCGACCAAGAUGAGGUGACAAUGUUUUCGGACAAUGUACGAAGAAAGUCCUCGAUAGUGGUGAAUAGAGUUUUCAAUAAAACGCUACCAAUUUAUUCCCAUGAUGGCAGACGGAAAUGGUUGAAAAAUACCUUCAUGCUGAUGACUUUAGGCUUGCUUGGCCUCUCAUGCGGUUGUUUUCUUCUAUUGUGCCACCCUUACGAGAUUCUCUACAAAUGGAAGGUGACAUUCGGCGAAGGCGGCGAGAUUUUCGAAAUGUGGCGAGUUCCUAACGUCGAUCUUUACUUGAAAGUUUAUCUGUUUAACGUUACAAAUCGCGAUGAAUACUUAGACGGUCGGGAGAGCAAACUGCGUUUCCAAGAAGUUGGUCCCUACGUAUACAAAGAAAAAUUCGUGCAUUCAAAUGUAGUUUUUAAUGACAACGGUACAUUAUCAACAAUACCGAAGCAUCCAUUAACAUAUGUGCCAGAAAUGAGCAACGGCACAGAAGAAGAUCUGCUAAUUCUACCGAACAUUGCGUUGCUUAGUAUCGCGAACGUGAUGAAAGAUGCCUCGUAUAUUACGCUAUGGGGACUCAAUGUAUUAAUCCGCCAAACGGACACUCAUCCUCUGGUUCAAAUGACUGCUCACGAAUUUAUGUUUGGUUAUCAGUCAACCCUUGUUACCCUCGGCAAUCAUAUAAUGCCUUCCUGGAUCAAAUUCGAUAAACUAGGUUUAAUUGACAGGAUGUACGAUUUUGAAGGGGACUUUGAAACCGUUUUCACGGGAGAAACCGAUGUUCGAAAGACGGGCUUAAUCGAUAAGUACAAUGGAGACGUGAAUUUACCACAAUGGACUGGUAAAUGCGCAAACGUGCACGGUGCAAGUGACGCCGUUAAGUUUCCAAGCUACAUCCAGCCGAAUGAUACUCUUCUCUUUUAUCGCAAGAGUCUUUGCCGAAGCGAACGAAUGAAACGAGUCGGAGAGAAAACUAUAAAGGGUAUUUAUGCGUACGAGUACACGUUUUUGGAUAAUGAGUUGGAUAACGGAGCAGUAAAUCCAGAAAAUAAAUGUUUUUGUCGUAAAGGAUUCUGUUUGAAGCCUGGCUUGAUCGACGUGACUGAUUGUUACUACGGAUUUCCAAUUGCUCUGUCGUAUCCUCACUUCUAUCAAACCGAUCCGUCGAUAUUGGAAGCUGUCGAAGGACUUAAUCCUAAAAAGGAAUUACAUGAAUCUUAUUUCUUCAUUAAUCCAAAAUCUGGACUGCCUGUGGAUCUAGCAUUCCGCUUUCAGAUCAACAUGGCUCUACAAAAUAUCGGUCAUGUGACUAGAGUGGAGAAGUUCGCAGAUUUCACGCUCCCAUUGCUGUGGUUCGAAAUCGGAAUGUACGAACUACCGGCCUCAAUGAAUCUCCGUUUCUGGUUUUACUUGAAUUUCUUGCCGAUCGCAGAGGAAGUGUCGACGUACCUGUUGUUCCUGUCUGGCGUGAUAUUGCUCGUAUGGAGUGUCGUGAAAUUACUAUCCUCUCAUGUUAAGGGAUCGCAGAUGGAAUGGAAAGAAACAGAAAUGAAAAGGAAACAACAACGAGCGCAGCAGGACAAAUCAGCCGACAGAAAAGCAAAAGAAGCGGAUGCGUACAGUUCGCUUCUGGUUUUCGGCAAUGUGUCGUCAAGAACGAUGUAAAUAAAAAUCAUCGUUCGAGGUUUAAGCUUUAAAAAAUACAUAUUAAAACAUUGCUUCUUUCUUCA